AUGACUCACAAUAUAUUUAUUUUAGCGUUACGAAAAAUAGUACGAGGUCAAUCUAAAAUGAUCCAGAAGCCGUUCAGUGAAGGUGUUAGUAUAUUAAAAAAUAAUUCAAUUUUGUCGCAAAAUAGUAUGAAGGAAAUUCUAAUGUUUCCUGAUCUAACUGCAGCGAAGACCAUGUACCAUAAUAAGCUACGUCCCAAAAUCUCCACAAUUUAUUCAUCGCUGGAAACAGGACGAAGUAAAACUGCAUAUGCACCAAUGAGACGACAAGAUUACCUUAGGGACAAUCGGCUCGCCAGAGAUGCUCUCCCUAAUAUCACAUUGGAUGAAAUUGCUGCCAAUAAACAAAACGUUUUAUUUGAUUCUAUACCUGAAUAUACAAAGAAUAUUUCUCUGUCGGAGGAAGCAAUUGAAAUAGUUAACCAUAUACCAACUUCAAAUUUUUUUCCACCAGUUGUAAAACAUUCGGAAAAAAUUGAAAAUGAGAUGCACAUUGAUGUAAUUCCAGAAGAUGUUCCACAAAUCUCGGUAGUCAAAAUUGAACAUGGCUUACCUCUUAAAGUGGGUAAAAAUACAUCUAAAACUUCUGACAUACUAAACCCGAUCAGUGAUGCAGGAGCAGUAAAUCCAGUAUUUCUAAUAGAGCAAAUCACACUAACUCAAGCACAAACAACAAUAUUAAGUAACAAUGCAUCUUCUGUACCAUAUAUUUGUACGCAUCUAGGACAAGCAGAAGCUAGCAUUGAUGUUCAAGAAAAAUAUAAUAAUCUUGAUAUUCAGCCCCCAUGGGUUUCUAAAACAGCUUAUUGGAACCAGGCAUACGAAGAUCGAUACGAGUCUCUUAUGAGAAAUCCCAACUGGCCACCUUUACAUGUCAUUCUUGUGCCUACAACACAUGUUUUUUCUAUUUGGAAGAAAACAUUUGAAGUAAAUCAUAAUGAAACAGUUCGGAAAAUUAUAAUGAACGUAAUCAAGAAACUCCAAUUUUAUCCAAAUCUCACAUUUACAUGGAAUGAAGUAUCACAUUUAAGCUAUUGGUGGAAAAGUACAAAUCAAAAAAACCGUAUGAGUCUACGUCGUUUACUUAGAGAAGGAAGAUUAGAACUUUCUACUGGUUGUUGGGUCCAAACAGAUGAAGCAACGUCAAGUUUAUUUGGAAUUUUGCACCAGUUUAUUGAAGGUCAUCAAUGGUUGCAUUUCAAUUUAAAUUAUAAACCAAAAUUGGGUUGGCUCACUAGUAGUUUUACACAUAGUCCAACAAUAGUAUACAUUCUCUCCGCUUUGAAUAUUAAUAAUCUAGUGUUAACAAAUUUACACUACUCCUUAGAAGAAGAUCUUGCUGAAUUCCAACAUAGUGAUUUUAUUUGGACACAGAGCUGGGAUAAAGACAAAACAAGUGAAACUCAACUUAAUCACGAUUUAAAAAAGAUGGAUGCACAGAGAUUUCCAAAACACGCUGUGUUAACUCACUACCUUCAAUAUAAUUCAGACGAUUUUCGAGCAUGUGGCCCUCAACACGAUAUUUGCAGUCAAAACUACGACUUCGCACAUAAAAACUUGGAUAUCAACGAUUAUAAUGUAAAAGAAAAAUCUGAAAUUUUACUUGAACAAUAUUCUAAGACUGGUAGCAUCUCUCGUCAUAAUACUAUUAUUGUACCUAUUGGUGCUACAUACCGCUAUGAUGAUCCGACAGAAUUCGAUUAUCAAUACAGUAAUUACAUAAAAAUUACUAAUUUUAUAAACAGUAAUCAUAAACUUUAUAAGGCUACCGCAAAAUUUGGUGUACCGAGUGACUAUUUUAAGAUUAUAAUGAAAAAUUAUAAAACAUACCCGACCGUUAAGGGAGAUUUCCUUAACUUUGCUGAUAUACAUAAAGGUACUCCGGCUUAUUGGACGGGAUAUUUUACAAAUAGACCACAACUGAAAAUUUUGCUAAGACGAUUAGAAGGCGCCGUACGAACAUCUGAAGUAUUAUUUUCUUUUGCAUCAAGUUUGGACUCGUUUAAGAAUAAUAAUGAAUCGUCAUCAAAUUUAAUUAAAUAUUUAACUAACGUUAGAGAAAUAUUAGCCAGACUUCAAGAUCGUAAUGUUGUUAGUGGUACUCUAACUGCUAAAGCAAAGAAAUAUGUGCUAAAUCUAAUUUUGAAGGCAACCAAAGAAUGUUGGUAUAUUCAAGAAACUGCAGCCAGUCUUCUUACUAGCAAACCUGGGCAUAAUGGAAAAUAUCUUCAUAAAUAUAUUUUUAGACAAGGGGAAUUUAUUUCCUCUUUUAAGACGAUUAUGCCUGGAGAUCAACUAUACGUUUUCAACUCCUUAAGUCAUGAACACACGGGUGUCAUUGAAUUUACCUCAAGAAACCCUAACUUACGAGUCAUAGACCAUAACAAAAAAGAUCUUAUAAUCCAAAUAGAACCAAAAUGGAGCUACACCGGUGAUAAAUUGAUAACAAUUUCACGACAAUUUUUUAAAAUUAUAUUUGCAGUUACUAUACCACCAAUGACGUUUGAACUUUUUAAGGUUAUGGAAACUUAUGACACGCCUUUCGCUGCCACUGUAUUCUGUGGAGGAUGUAUCAUAGAUGCUUUUCAUGGAGAUUACACUUUCCCAUUUAAUAUUCAGCCGAUUAAACAAGGUGAUAUUCAACUUGAAAAUUACAAGUUACGUCUUAUGUUUGAUGAAUUUACAGGCUUAUUAAAAACAGUUGUAGAAAAGGAAACAAAUUAUGAAAAAUAUGUAGUGAUUAAUUUCGGCGCAUUUAAAAGUUCUAGUAGCCAGUCAGGUAUGUUUUUGUUUAAAACAAAUAGUAGCCAACCACUGGAAGAUAUUUUGAAGCCAUAUAGAGCCGGUGUUAGAUCGAAAACAAUAUUAAUUAUUUCCGGUCAAGUAACUACAGAGUUUAAUUCCAUUUACGAUAAUCUAUUGAAGCACUCAGUCAAAAUAUAUAAUAUGUUGAAUAAUUCAUUAGCAAACGUGAUAAGAGUGGAAAACAAAGUAGAUUACGAUGUAUCGCCAAAACAUAGGGAGUUAGAAAUGUUUAUGUCGGUGCAGACAAUUAUAGGAAACGGCAACCCUCCUGAAAUAUUUAUAGACAACAAUGGAUUUGAAUAUACUUCUAGGCUUCUGAAUAUAAGUCGGUCAUUAGAAUCCAAUAUGUAUCCAAUGACCAGCAUCGCAUUUAUACAAGAUAGUACAUGCAGACUUACUAUAAUAACAGAUCAUGCACAGGGAGUAACUGCAUUGGAAGAAGGCCAACUACUCAUUAUGCUGGAUAGGCGUGUACUAUACAACGAUGGACGCGGUGUCAGUGAGGGAUUAGCCGACAGUGGUGUUACAACACAUACAAAUUACAUUCUGUUAGAAAAUUUCAAACCAACUGAAUACUUUGACAGUAUGGCGUCGAAGGCUAUUGUUGAACUACCGAGUUUGUUGGCAAUUCGUUUGGCGAAUUCGUUGAAUUAUCCGUUUGACCUCUUCUACGUGGAUAAGGAAUCCUCAAACUUAUGUUACUAUCAGUUUUUACCGUUAGUUAAUACUUUCUUUCCGUGUGACAUAUUUGUAAUAAACUUUCGAUCGAUACUAAUUAAAAAAUAUUCAAAGAAGGUUUCGAAUGCGGCUCUAAUGAUACUGCAUAGACAAUGUUUUUCGUGUCGUUUGGAUUAUUAUGCAGUUCUUCAUUGUGGUGGAGAAAGAAGUUUUGAUAUUCGUAAACUAUUUCGACAAGGAAUAACAGCAUAUCACACCAAUUUAGCAGGCACAAGGGAAGGAUCAAUGGUUUCUCAUAUAAAUUAUACUAAUCUACCUGUUAUGGAAUUAAUGUCUGUUUUAAUUAAUUUUUAA